UAUACUGCGUCCUCAAGGGGAAGCACACAUCAGGAGUAAAAAAAAAAUCCCGUACACAGCAGAAGCAGGAAAGUAUAAGCUACAGAACUGGCAAAACACUGGUGUCAGCGGAAGUGGCCAUACAUUUCUCCAGACAGUUACAGAAGAGUAACGCUGCACACUUCAAUAAUGAAGCAGUUAAAAAGAAAGAGAAAAAGUAAUUUUAGUGUUCAGGAAACUCAAAACUUUACUAAAAGAAAUAAAAAAGAGAAGAGAUGUCAUUUUUUUCUAAGCAACUUAAAUACAACUAUUAAUGAAAUGAAGCGCAAAGCCUAAGAAAUAGCAGAAUGUGUGAAUGCUCUGGGCGAAGGAGAACAACGAACAGGAACCGAAGUAAAAAGAAGAUAUCUUGAUUGGAGAGCUCUUGUAAAAAGAAAGAUGCUCAACUCUGAUGUCAAACUUGGCAGUUCUGACUUUCAUUUGCCUUUGGCUGAUUUAGAUCUAGAUGACUCUAUUAAUGACGAGGCAGACGACAAACCAGGUUGCUAACAUGUGAAUCAAGCUUUGGAAUGGAAAAAUGGAUCUGAUGCAAGAGUACGUGAUUCCAUGACUGAGAUUAAAGUUGAAGAGGAAGAAUCUGAAAGUUUUGAGGGUCCUAGUUGGAAAAAGCGAUCAUCAAAUCCAUGCUUGGGAAUCCAGAUGAGCGCUCGUCAAAAUAGAAUUCUGUAUAAUAAGACGCCUAGCGAUGAGCAGUUUGAAAUAGAAGAAGAAGAUGAAAUGUUAUCAACUGUUAUGCCUGAUUCCAGAGAAGAGAACGACCUUCCUGAAGAAUUUCCGAGAAUUGAAGAAUUUGGCACUUUAAGCUCAAUUACCCGUAUACCUUACAAGGAUUCCCAUAUGCUUAUAACCUUAGAAAAGCAAAAACUGGAGCUAGAAAGACAACGUUUAAGCAUCGAAGCAGAACGACUUCAAGUCGAGAAAGAAAGAUUGCAGAUUGAACGCGAGAGGUUGCGCCACCUAGAUAUGGAGCAUGAGAGACUGAUGCUUGAAAAAGAGAGACUUCAGAUUGAAAGAGAAAAACUACGACUGCAGGUCAUGCAUGUUGAAAAGCCAAAUCUAGAUAAUGAUUUUGCACAGGUGGAAAAGACUGUCUUACAACCUUUGGACAUAGAAGCUGAAAAAUUAAAACUCGAGAGGGAGCAUCUGCAGUUAGAAAAAGAAAGGCUGCAGCUAUUAAAAUUUGAAUCAGAAAAGCUCCACAUAGAAAAGGAGCGUCUCCAAGUUGAAAAGGAACGGCUUAGAAUUCAAAGAGAAGGGCAUCUACAAUAGAGUUGAAACAGUUUCUCUAGUUUUAUAGUGUGAGUUUUAGCAUUGUCCUUGUUGCUUUGACUGUAGAUUUUAAUCUUGCUUGUAUAGAAAAAUAAUACAUCUAGUGUAGCACUCACAAACAAAGCGUCAACAAAAUAACUUCCUAGUUAGAGAUAAAAGGGAAAACAUACAGAAAUAAGAGAAAGAUAUAGGAUCUCCCCAUCUCAAGAAAUUGAUGGGCUCAUUUUUUAAGAGGUCAUUUUUCCUCUCUUGCUCCAAAGAGUUGGUUUAGUGUUAAUCCAAACGGAACAGUGAUAAUGGGAUCAAUGUAUCAGCCAGGAAUAGUGUUUUGGUCCCUUGUGUAGUGAAUUUGCCUUUAAGAACAGCAGUGAGUGGCCUUAAGCUGAUUUGUUUUACUGCUGAUCAAGGUGCAGCCAAAUUGUGAUCCUUGUUAGAACGUGCCUGCAUUAAUGACAGUGUGUGAUACUGUUAUGUGUUAUUGCGUCUCACACAGUUAUUUUAGAGCUAGCAAAACCAAGAUUUUAAAGAAUAAUGUAGAUCUGAUUCUGAAACAAUUUCAGUAAUUUCUAGGAAAGAGAUUAGUCUGUGUAUCUGCUUUUCAUAAUUUUUUUCUGUGUAUCUGUAUUACUGUAUUACAUUUGUCAAUAAGCUCAUUGCUCACCUACCACUUCAAAGUAAUUAUUUGGCUGCCAGGGAGGGUUGGAAUGCCUUGCACCGUACUGCAGCAACAAGCAGGCAGCCAAAGGGUUAAAUGUUAUGUUAUGAACUUGAUAUUUGCAAAUGCAAAGUAAAGGCAUCAGUAAUGCAGGAUUCGAAAAAAGAAGAAAAAAAACAAUACAACUGCCCUGCUAAAACAUCUGUACGUUUCUUUCAAACUGCACCACUGAACAAAAAAAACGUUCUUUCUGUACAGUAUUUUUAUAUCACUUUCAAAGUUCUUUUUACGUGUAUUAGUGGUUUAGCUGGUUCUUUGGUGCCUUUUAAGAACCUUUAAAAAUUUAUAUAUUUUUUUUUAAUCAUCAAACCAACGCAAAAAAAUAAUAAUAAUCACAUUAUGUUGUGGUUUUCGUUUAUGAAUGAUUAUGCAAAAAAGUAUUAAUUAAAGACAUUCUAGCGUAAUAGAAAAUUGCUAUAAUUUGAUAGAAACAGAUGAAACCUUACUGAGCAGGUCAUGGAUUGUGAUUGGCAGCAAUCAGUAUAUUCUACUCCUCAUGUCUCUUCCAUCUCAGAAGCCACAAUGCAUUGUUCAAACACAGUUUUAUCUUUCCGAAUAUGGGUGUGGGAGUCUUGUAUUCUGAGGUCUGUCCCUCUGAAAUAGCUAUAUGUCCCAAAUUGCUGAUUUCCUAUAAGAUUUUAAAGGCUAUAUUAGCCCUGCCCACUACCCGCCCGGACAUGCUCAAAUCCCGUCCACUAUCCAGCUGUGACCCCUUGCAAUGGGCCAUUUUUAACCUUCUAAGCCACCAAGUGCCAGCCAUAAAUGUUGGGAGGUAUGGUUUAGUAGGUUAACAAAAUGUAUGCAAUUAAUCAUAAAAUGUUCUAUUUUAGACCAUUUUAUUAUUAUACUACAACGUUUUCAUACAGGUGUGAAUAGUACAACUUUACGUACGUUAGGAAAAAAACGUAUUAUUAUGUUUCCAGAUCACAACCAUUUAUGACAUAUAAUAAUAAUAAACAAGCUAGUGGAAACAUAUUUUAAUAAGCAGGUGUUAUUGCUGAAGUGUCUAAAGACCAUUGUGGAAGCCGGUAUUCCUGAGAUCAUUUUUGUUUGUUUUUUUAGCAGGUUUGCUUUCUUAUAUAUAUAUAUAUAUAUAUAUAUAUAUACUGCACUUCCCACAUUAUUAUCUGUUUAUGUCUGGAAAAGUUGGAAUCAGUUUGGCAAAAAAAAAAUUUAUGUAUGCAUUUUUAUUCUAAAGAUCAGUUUUCAUCAUUGUCUUUAAUUUAGUAUGUGUAUUUUCUUUAACAGAACCAGACAUCAACAGGACUGUAGAUUUACCAGAGCAGCACUGACAAAUGUAACUUUCUAAAACCAUAUUUAAUAAUGUACAUUGUGAACUGGUGACUAAUUUGGUAUUCUAGCAAAACAUACCAUAAAGUAGGUGUUUUUUGUAAAGAGUAUUAAUCCAUAAACUGUGUAGAUUGCAGUAUAUCAUGUUGUGAUAUAUAUAUUUUUGUUUACUAGAACUCUCAAGCAAAGUAAAUUUUGAGUUUCUGUACAGCUUUGCAAGCUGUAUUUUAGUGCUCAUCUAGAAUAAUUUGCAGUAAAAAUGAUACAAAUGGGGUAUAUACAUUAAGGUUGUAAAGCUUAUGUGGCAUGAGAAGACAAUUUAAAUUUUUCCUAAAAUGUAGUAUAAAAAUUAUACAUUCAAAAACAUAUAUUAAGGGAUACCAUUGAGAGGAUAAAGGGAAAUAUUUUUUACAGAUGUGGUACAUACCAUAAUUUCUUUAAUAUGAUGGUGAGCGUUCACAGGCCAUUAUUCCUGGGAAUAAGGAGGCAACACUUUUAAUCUCUCUCACUUCUCUGGUAUCCUAUUCUUUUUUUUAUUUGCUCCAUCUUUUUUUUUUAAAGAGCCUGUUAAUCUUUAAAUCCCCCUGGCAUACAAAGAUAAGAAGAAAGUAGUAUAGAGGAGUACUUGGGCUUAAAGGGACAGUCUACAAUAGAACCUUUUGUUUUAAAAUAUAGAUAAUACAUUUACUACCCAUUCCACAGUUUUGCAUAACCAACACAGUUAUAUUAAUAUACUUUCUCCAACAUUGGUGUGUCCGGUCCACGGCGUCAUCCUUACUUGUGGGAAUAUCUCUUCCCCAACAGGAAAUGGCAAAGAGUCCCAGCAAAGCUGGUCAUAUAGUCCCUCCUAGGCUCCGCCCACCCCAGUCAUUCUCUUUGCCGUUGCACAGGCAACAUCUCCACGGAGAUGGUUAAGAGUUUUUUGGUGUUUUUUCUUGUUCAGGGUCCAUUCGAACAUCCAAAUCUGGUCUCCCUCCAGCUGACGGCUUGGAGAUUGAACGCUUGAUUCUAUCAAAGCGUGGGUUUUCAGAUUCUGUGAUAGAUACUCUGGUUCAGGCCAGAAAACCGGUAACUAGAAAGAUUUACCAUAAAAUAUGGAAAAGAUAUAUCUGUUGGUGUGAAUCCAAAGGAUUCCCAUGGAAUAAGAUAAAAAUUCCUAAGAUUCUCUCCUUUCUACAAGAAGGUUUGGAGAAGGGAUUAUCUGCAAGUUCUCUAAAGGGACAGAUCUCUGCUUUAUCUGUCUUACUACACAAAAGACUGGCAGCUGUGCCAGAUGUUCAAGCAUUUGUUCAGGCUCUGGUUAGGAUCAAGCCUGUUUACAGACCUUUGACUCCUCCCUGGAGUCUAAAUCUAGUUCUUUCAGUUCUUCAAGGGGUUCCGUUUGAUCCUUUACAUUCCAUAGAUAUUAAGUUACUAUCUUGGAAAGUUUUGUUUUUGGUUGCUAUUUCUUCUGCUUGAAGAGUUUCAGAGUUAUCUGCUCUGCAGUGUUCUCCGCCCUAUCUGGUGUUCCAUGCAGAUAAGGUGGUUUUGCGUACUAAGCCUGGUUUUCUUCCAAAGGUUGUUUCUAACAAGAAUAUUAACCAGGAGAUAGUUGUACCUUCUUUAUGUCCGAAUCCAGUUUCAAAGAAGGAACGCCUGUUACACAAUUUGGACGUAGUCCGUGCUCUAAAAUUCUAUUUAGAGGCUACAAAUGAUUUCAGACAAACAUCUUCUUUGUUUGUUGUCUAUUCUGGUAAAAGGAGAGGUCAAAAAGCGACUUCUACCUCUCUUUCCUUUUGGCUUAAAACAUCAUCCGAUUGGCUUAUGAGACUGCCGGACGGCAGCCUCCUGAAAGAAUCACAGCUCACUCCACUAGGGCUGUGGCUUCCACAUGGGCCUUCAAGAACGAGGCUUCUGUUGACCAGAUAUGUAAGGCAGCGACUUGGUCUUCUCUGCACACUUUUGCCAAAUUUUACAAAUUUGAUACUUUUGCUUCUUCGGAGGCUAUUUUUGGGAGAAAGGUUUUGCAAGCCGUGGUGCCUUCCGUUUAGGUAACCUGAUUUGCUCCCUCCCUUCAUCCGUGUCCUAAAGCUUUGGUAUUGGUUCCCACAAGUAAGGAUGACGCCAUGGACCGGACACACCAAUGUUGGAGAAAACAGAAUUUAUGCUUACCUGAUAAAUUACUUUCUCCAACGGUGUGUCCGGUCCACGGCCCGCCCUGGUUUUUUAAUCAGGUCUGAUGAAUUAUUUUCUCUAACUACAGUCACCACGGUACCAUAUGGUUUCUCCUAUAUAUUUCCUCCUGUCCGUCGGUCGAAUGACUGGGGUGGGUGGAGCCUAGGAGGGACUAUAUGGCCAGCUUUGCUGGGACUCUUUGCCAUUUCCUGUUGGGGAAGAGAUAUUCCCACAAGUAAGGAUGACGCCGUGGACCAGACACACCGUUGGAGAAAGUAAUUUAUCAGGUAAGCAGAAAUUCUGUUUUUUACCUCUGUGAUUACCUUGUAUCUGAGCAUCUUCUGACAGCCCCCUAAUCACAUGACUUAUCUAUUGACUUGCAUUUAGUACUGUUUUGUGCUAACUCUUAAAUAACUCCCUGUGCCUGAACAUAGUGUUAUCUAUAUGGCCCACAGUCUCUUGUUGUGGAAAGCAAUUUAAAAAGCAUGUGAUAAGAGGCAGCCCUCAAGGGCUUAGAAAUUAGCAUAUUAGCCUACCUAGGUUUAGUUUUAACUAAGAAUACCAAGAAAACAAAGCAAAUUUGAUGAUAAAAGUAAAUUGGAAAGUUGAUUAAAAUUGCAAGUCCUAUCUGAAUAAUGAAAGUUUAAUUUUAACUAGACUGUCCCUUUUAAUAAAGGAGUUUUUAUCAGUAGCCUGCUACAGGUGUCACAGGGACUGAUCCCUUGCCUCCUCCUUUUUGGACUCAUCAUUGUACUCUCAUGGAAAUCCUUUGCUGUUCCAUACAGCACUAGAUGGGUCUCUACUGAAGGCAGUAAAGCUGCAGUUGGGUAAGCAGUAGAGUGUCCUCAUUUGUUUUCUCGCAUUAGAGCAGCUUUGUAGGUAUAAGUUGAGGCUAGAUAAUAUAGCAAAAAGUAGGAACCUUUGGUUUUACCCCAUACGUUUUCAUAUCUAAGAUCUGCAGUUAUAUGUACCAUUAGUUUGUUCCAUCGUUAGUAGAAUUCUACAAAACAAAAAAAAACUAAAAAAAAAAAGUAGAUGUUGUACAAUAUUAUUUGCACAGCAAAUCUGUAGAAAUAUAUCUUUCUAAAAUAUUUCUAUUACUCAAACAUAAUUGUAUGUGUUUUCAUUAUUAUUAUUAUUUUUUUUUUAAAUAUUUUUAGGUGAAAAUGGACAUUUCAUAGUGAAUGACAUUUAUUUUGAAAUAAAUUUAUGGCUUGCAUUUUAAUACUGGAAGAAAACAGGACAUUUCAACCCACUUAUUUUAUUUUAUUUGGUAAGCUGUGUUUUCUUGUUUCUUGAAAUACAUGGAGAAAACAGAAUGUUAAUAUUUAGCAAUCUAACUGAAUAUACCAAUACGUAAUGUGUUUAAUAUUCCUUGAUAAUUUCCAGAGAAAUAAAAUGUAAUGUCAAUUAUCAAAGAAA